UUGGUAAUAUCUUUGCAAAUUUACAUGAAUUUUAUCUCUUGAAUUCUUGUUCGUGUACAAAUUGAAUUGGUACGCACAUUUUUACUGUUAAAAUGAAUCGAUGCGUAAUACCUGCUAUUAGUGAAGAUGUCCAAGGUGAUGACAGAUGGAUGAGCCAGCAUAACCAACAUUUAGCUGACACUAAAGAUAGAGAACCAGAUGUAUUGUGGAUUGGAGAUUCCAUUAUCAGCCAUUUGAAGCAGAGACCAAUGUGGAAUGAUCUGUUUGAACCGCUUCAUUCUUUGAACUUCGGUUUAUCUGGUGACACCACACAGAAUGUUCUCUGGAGGAUACACAAUGGUGCCUUGGACAAUAUAAAGCCAAAGGUAGUAGUUGUACAUGUAGGAACAAACAAUUUUGGAGACUCACCCGAUGAUAUUUCUGAUGGAAUUGUGGAAAUUGUCAAUGUUAUACGUGAACGACAUCCAGAAACAUACAUUAUUUUUGUUGAAUUGUUUCCACGAGGUCAGCACCCAACCCUGCGUGAACGGAAUGCAUCAGUGAAUGAGUUGGUGAGGAGGAAGCUGCAGGGCCGAAGUCGCGUGCAGACAGUGAGCUGUGAGAAGGGGCUGGUCGGUGCUGACGGCACUAUUAGCCAUCACGAUAUGCCGGACUAUCUACACUUUUCAGAUGCCGGGUACCGGAAGGCGUUGGAACCUCUACACGACUUGCUGUUACAGCUCUUGACGGAAGGUGAGGAAGAACGGGACCUCACGCCAUCUGAGUGAAGUGUCCUGAUGCGUCAUGUCACAUCACGUCGUGUCACGCAUUCGCAAGCUCUGAUCUGGGGGUCGGUUGAUCUCGGCUGUGCCGUUAUUAUCUACAAGAUUGAUGCUUUAUCUAGGAUAAUAUUUUUACCACUUAUUGUUGCGCUGCCAACCGGACUGAGUACUUUGUCAAUUGAGAUAUGUAAUUAUAUUCAGAAUGGGAAUUUAAUGUGUAAAUCAUGAAAAAUGCAGUUUGUACAAUCGUUUUAAUGCUCACCAGUAAUUGGUGAUUGGGAUAAAAAAUUCUUCAUGUACAAAUCUUGCUUUCUGAUGAUAUAAAUGUACUGCCUAUUUUUUGUGAUAUAACUAUGAGAUUAUUAAGCCACACAGUUAGCCAGUAAACAGAAUGUAUUUGAGAUGAAGGAUCGAAAACGCUUUGACUAAGUUUUGAAAGAAAUGUCAAGAUCAUAUUGUGUAAAAAAAAUAAUUCACAAGUUUAUUUUUCUUUGUACUAAUAAAAGAUGGAAUUCUAUUUUUAAAACAUAGUGAGAGUUGUAAACAAUUUCUAUAUCAGAUAAUAGAUAAAAAUUGCUCAAUUAUCAUAAUCCAUAAGUUUAUAAUAAUUCUCAAUUUUGUAUGUAUUUUUAAUUUUAAAUAUUGGUGGGGUUUCUGUUAUUUUUCUAAAUAGUUAU